AUGUUUGUCACGGUGCCCUUGCUGAUUUGCGCCGCCUCGUUGCUCACAGCACUGCUCAUCUGGCGGAGGCGGCACUUUAACUACUUCAAUGAGUUGGGCAUCCCGGGACCGAAGCCAAACUUGAUCUGGGGAAACAUCAGAGAAUACCAUUCUAUGGAAAUUUACAAGGUUAUAGGAAAAUGGCUCGACAAGUACGGUGACGUGUUUGGGUUCUUCAAUGGGGAUGUGCCCUUUGUUGUGAUAAGAGACCUCGACUUUAUAGAAGAUGUGUUCGUGCGCAACUUCCAGAACUUCGUGAACCGAGGAAUCACAAUGAUGACAGACCAAAUGCACCCAAUUAUGGGACAGUCAAUUCUGCACGUCGGCGGCUACAAAUGGAAGAAUAUUCGCGCGUCUGCCUCUCUCAGUCUGACUUCCAAAAAGCUGAAGAUGAUGAUGCCGCACAUCCAAGAAGACGUCGGCACCUUCGUCCAAACGAUGAAGCAGUACGCCGACACGGGUAAAGAGGUGCAGAUGCUUCACAAGUUUGAGGAACUCUCCAUGGACUUGACGGCACGAGGGGCGUUUGGCAUCAACGAGCGCUUCGUGGGAAAGCCUGACCACCCGUUCAUAACCACGUCCAAGGCAGUAGCCAGGAAUAUCAUGACAGGUCCAUUCUACUAUAUUGGACAAUGUACAACAAGAUUCGGAGCUUUGAUGAAACCGCUCUAUUGGCUAUCAUUGAUCAUCGGGGAUUACUCUUUCGAUCCCCUGAAUGCCCAGACCAUGGCGGUGAUCAAUUUGAGAAAGAAUAAUCCUUCCCUUCGUAGGCCCGACAUCUUGCAAAACCUUCUUGACGUCGAGUAUGUUGAAGAGAACGAAAAUGAAGACGCUGGGGACAAAACGGCCGAAGGUGUCGUCAAGUCUAGGGCGCUGACCAAUGAAGAAGUGUUAAUCACUGCUUCAUCACUAUUUAUAGCUGGUUUCGAGACAACGGCAACGGCUCUGAGUUUCAUGAUAUAUGCCCUUGCAAAGCAUCAGGAUGUACAAGAAAAGGCUCGCAGGGAAGUGAUUGAUGCCGUCGGCACCAACGGAGAGCUGGACUACGAGACCGUCACGAAGAAGCUCAAGUACACGGGAUUAGUCGUGGACGAAACACUGCGCCUGUAUCCGCCGGGACUAUCAUUUGUUACACGGCAAGCCAAGGAAGAUUAUGUAUACAACGGCGUGCAGUUUAAGGCGGGAACGUGUUUCAUGGUGCCGCAGUACCAAGUGCAGAGGGACCCGCGGUAUUGGCCCAAUCCAUUGGAAUUUAAACCCGAAAGGUACUUGUCGGAUAACGAAGCAGCCCUGAAGCAAACGGCAUACACGGCCUUCGGCGUAGGGCCUCGGCAAUGCUUGGGGACGAGACUGGCAUUGCUGGAAAUGCGAUGUGUUGCGGGUAAGAUACUGCAGAAGUACCGCUUGGAACUGGGCCCCUCGCAAAAGGGAACCAUGGAGAUUGGGCAGUACGCCAUGGUGUCGACACCCGCUAAUGGUCCUUGGAUCUUGCUGCACAGUUUGGCGAACGAGAACCUCGCAAGCUAAACUUCGAAGUGAACCAUGUAAAUAGCCAAAUAAAUUUUUCACGGAAAGCGA